GAUGCGGUAAAAGACUUAAUGCUCCGUUUCCUGGGUGAGCAAGCAGCAGUGAAGAGACAAGUUUUAAAUGCCAGUUCCGUAGAACAGUCUUUUGUAGGCUUGAAACAGCUAAUUAACAGCAAAAACUGGAGAGCAGCAGUUGAUCUGUGUGGACGACUUCUGACUGCCCAUGGUCAAGGCUAUGGCAAAAAUGGGCUACCUACUAAUCAUACAACAGAUUCUUUGCAGCUAUGGUUUGUGAGACUAGCACUGUUGGUGAAGUUGAAUCUUUUCCAAAAUGCAGAAUUGGAAUUUGAACCAUUUGGAAACCUGGACCAACCUGAUCUCUACUAUGAAUAUUACCCUCAUGUAUACCCAGGACGCAAAGGUUCCAUGGUUCCCUUUUCCAUGCGGAUUUUACAUGCUGAACUUGAACAGUACCUAGGAAAUCCCCAGGAGUCACUUGAUAGACUGCACAGCAUGAAAACAAUCUGCACAAAGAUAUUAGAAAAUUUGGAGCAAGGUUUAGCAGAAGAUGGAAGUAUGACUAACAUUACACAAGAGAACACACAAGCCUCUGUUGAGCUGUGGAGGUCACGUCUGGGCCGGGUGAUGUACUCCAUGGCAAACUGUCUGCUAAUGAUGAAGGACUAUGUGCUUGCUGUAGAUGCAUAUCACACAGUCAUCAAAUAUUACCCAGAACAGGAACCUCAGCUGUUGAGUGGAAUUGGAAGGAUUUUUCUUCAGAUUGGAGAUAUAAAAACUGCAGAAAAAUAUUUUCAAGAUGUUGAGAAAAUGAGUCAGAAAUGGGAUGGACUACAGUACCAAAUUAUGGUUUUAAUGAACAGAGCAUUUCUCCAUCUUGGUCAGAAUAACUUUGCAGAAGCUCACAGAGCCUUCACGGAAAUUUUAAGGAUUGACCCUGCAAAUGCUGUGGCUAAUAACAAUGCGGCUGUAUGUUUGCUUUAUCUGGGAAAGUUGAAGGAUUCCCUUCGGCAGUUAGAAGGAAUGGUUCAGCAGGACCCUAAACACUACCUACAUGAGAGUGUUCUUUUCAAUUUGACAACUAUGUAUGAAUUAGAGUCAUCCCGCAGUAUGCAGAAGAAGCAAGCACUGCUUGAGGCUGUAGCUGUCAAAGAGGGUGAUAGCUUUAACACUCAGUGUCUCAAGUUAGGAUAGUUUGUUUUCAUCUACCAAUUUUUUUUAUGAAAGGCGAAUUUUUAAAAUUGUACAUACUCUCGCUAAUAUGUAAAUGUUCCUCUUAUGAAUGAAAUGAAAUAAAAUCUCUUUAAUUAUGAA